AUGCAGGGAGAUAUUCCUCCUUUUGCAGGCCAAGAUGCUGAAUUAUCAGGGACUCUUUCGCUUGUUUUGACUCAGUGCUGUAGAAGAAUAAAGGAUACUGUUCAGAAAUUAGCCUCAGACCACAAAGACAUCCACAGCAGUGUGUCUCGGGUUGGAAAAGCCAUUGAUAAGAAUUUUGAUUCUGACAUUAGCAGUGUAGGAAUAGAUGGCUGCUGGCAGGCAGACAGCCAAAGGCUUCUCAAUGAGGUGAUGGUGGAACACUUCUUUCGACAAGGCAUGCUGGAUGUGGCCGAGGAGCUCUGCCAGGAAUCUGGUCUUUCUGUAGACCCAAGUCAAAAAGAACCAUUUGUGGAGUUAAAUCGAAUAUUAGAAGCAUUAAAAGUCAGAGUUCUGAGACCUGCUCUAGAGUGGGCAGUCUCAAACCGAGAAAUGCUCAUUGCCCAGAACAGCUCCUUGGAAUUUAAGCUGCACCGACUGUAUUUCAUUAGCUUGUUAAUGGGCGGAACCACAAAUCAGCGAGAAGCAUUGCAGUAUGCUAAGAAUUUUCAGCCAUUUGCCCUAAAUCAUCAAAAAGACAUUCAGGUAUUAAUGGGAAGCCUGGUAUACCUGAGGCAGGGAAUUGAGAACUCACCUUAUGUUCACCUGCUUGACUCGAACCAGUGGGCAGACAUCUGUGACAUCUUCACGCGGGAUGCCUGUGCUCUCCUGGGGCUUUCUGUGGAAUCCCCUCUCAGCGUCAGUUUUUCAGCAGGUUGUGUGGCACUGCCAGCUUUAAUUAACAUCAAAGCUGUGAUUGAACAGAGGCAGUGCACUGGAGUUUGGAACCAGAAAGAUGAAUUACCUAUUGAAGUGGACCUUGGCAAAAAGUGCUGGUAUCACUCUAUAUUUGCCUGUCCCAUUCUUCGUCAGCAAACAACAGAUAACAAUCCACCCAUGAAAUUGGUUUGUGGUCAUAUUAUAUCAAGAGAUGCCCUGAAUAAAAUGUUCAAUGGUAGCAAGUUAAAAUGUCCAUAUUGUCCAAUGGAACAAAGUCCAGGAGAUGCCAAACAGAUAUUUUUCUGAAGAAAUGAAUUUGGUUUGCAAUUUGUAAGUGAAACUGAAUUGUUGGGUGCAUUUGAGAAGAGAACGUUCCAUUGAUUGCAGCUAACCAAGGACUCCCGUGUUUAUAUAAGCUAAAGCUCCAGAAACUUUGCCAGCAUGCUAGUGUACACACUGAUGGGAGUGCUCCAAACGAGUGCUACCAUAGGGCUUUAUUAUCUGCUUGGUCUUCAUUUCUGAUCAAGUAAAUACACCAGCAGUUGUCAUUCAAUGCAGGUUUUUGUACUUAAUUAUAAGGUGAUUUUUUUACUUAUUAGGAGCAGAAACAGGAAUUGACCUCCCCGCCAUGUGUUGAAUAUCCCUUCUGCUUUUACUUUUCUCCUUUUUUAAUAAUUGUAAGCCUGAGAGUGUUUGUGACAAAGCUUUCUUUCUUGAUAAGUGUGUGUGUGUGUGUAAUAUAUAUGUGUGUGUGUGCAUAUAUACACACACACAUAUAUAUAUACACAUUUAUUUAUACACACAUAUGUGAUAUAAUUAAAUGAAAAUUCUUCAGAGAAAGUUUGACAAGUUGAAUUGUGGUUCGACAACUAAUUUUCAUUUUUUUUUUUUUUUGCUUAAGGAAGAAAGCUGUGAUAGAUUCCAAAUUUACUUUUUGAUGUUUUCCUCUGCUCCAGCACUUGCCUCAAAAUCAGCACACCUGCAUUUGAGCUCUGCUUGUAGCCCCAGUGGGCUGCCUGUUUAAAAUCCCAUCAUGAAUUUAGCAGGCUGGUGUGACAAGUCUUCCACUAGAACAGAGUGGAAGAAGUAUUGUGGUUUUUUUUUUUUCCCUUUUAUUGCCAAGAGGUGCUUGUUUUUAAAGUGUGUUCAAUAAAUGAAAUUCUGAAGUUAGACAUGUUCUUAAGUUAAUAUAUAUGCUCUCUUGGUCUUGGUAGCCUCUCCUUUGAAAUCUGUCUUCAGGACUUGGCUAUGUGUUGCAUCUGUAUAUCACUCCAGACACAGUGUUGUGCAUGUAUGUGUGUAGAUACUGUGCACCAGCAUCAAACAUUGUGCAUCUGGAAGGGAAGUAGCAUGUUCCAGUCCUACAAUGCGGUUACCAGACCCAUCACUUUUAAGUCCUUCAAGUUAGACGCUAACAAUUUUUCUGUAGUGCAGAAUAUGUUCACUGCUGUUUUUGUGUUUGAUUUGUGUACUGGUCAAUGACUCUCCUGCAAAGUGUAUCAUCUCAUUGACUGUGAAGCUGUAUAUUAUUCAAAUGGCUACAGAUAACGAUCUUUUCUCUUGUGAGGUAUCUUCAUUUAAUGCACUGUCCAGAAAGAGCCAUGUGUAAGAAUCUUUUUCUGUAUGAGAAACUACAUGGAAAAGACUUCUACGGACAUAAUUCUGACAUAAACUCAUGAAGUUAUUUCAUCAUGAGAAGAUUGUUAUAUGGAAAUCACCAAAUACUUUCCAGCUUUUUUUUUCCAUCUGACAUGGAACUGAACCAUGAACAUAGGAAUACUCUGAUGAAUGAAAAAAAUCAAAAAGCAAGGAGACUUUGACAUUUUAAACUACAAGUGGACUUAGAUCAAGGGAAGGGGGAAAAUGACAGAUUUGGUGCUAAGCUCAUGGGAAAUUGGCAGCAUUCACAGUAGCACAUCAGCCUGGCUGGUUUAUUCUGAAUUACUUGCCUGGGAGAGCUGGGAUUUGCUUGUGGAAAAAAAGAGACUGCAGAAACCCUGCAUGUCACCCCUGUGUUAUCUUAUGGUUCCUGCUGAUUCCAGUGUGCUGUGACGCUAGCUAGGAAUCACAGUCGGUGCCACUUCGAGUACUUGCUUUGUCCAAACUCAUUCUGACCCACAGUGAUGUUUGUGUCACUGUUGGGACUUUAUAUUAAAAAGUCCCCCUCUACUAAAGAAGUGAAGGAAGAUCUCAGACCAAGUUGUUGGAGUAUAGGGAAAAAGUUGAGCGUUCCAGGCAGUACUCAGUCUAGGGUGUAGGCACGAUUUUAUAUAUAUAUAGUCUUUCCUUUGAAUUAAAUUAUUGAGUGUCAGUUUUUUAAAACUUUUUCUCCCCAGGCCAAAUUUAGCUUUAUACAUAGUUUAUUCUCUCCUUUCCACCUCAAACAUCUACAUGAUGUCAUUGAAGUUUCAUACAAGGUUUGAGCAAAACAGAUAAGCUGUAGAGCUGGUAGUCAAUUUUUUUUUUUUUGUAGCAAACCCUUUUGCACAGUUGGCUAAAGCCACUUUUAAGGACAAAGCCUCUGCUUUAUCUCUCUCCUGAUGUUAGGAAUCUUAUCAACAGUUUCCUAGGCAGCUCAUGAAACUUUAAGGAUGACAUGCUUUAUUUAACAAGCAUUUGACUUUACAGCUUUUUUUGGUCCUGUAGUCUCACUGGGCAGGAAAAGGGCCAAAAGAUAUUGACACUCUUGGUCAGACAAUUUAUCAUUAUGUCUGUGAUCUUCUUUAAGUGCAUGGACUUAAAAUCUAUAGGAGACUAAAUGUACAGGAGGAGUGGAUUUGAAGAGGCCAGACCUUAACCAAAGAUGCCAGAGUACAACAUUACGUCCUUUCUAUUCUAGAAAACACCUUCACGGUGGUGUUAGGACCAUAUCAUCAUUGAUGCUGCAUGCACGUUGGCAUGUAGGGUAAUGCUAUUGGUUUCUUCUUGUCUCUCCCAGCAAGAGGCAAUGAGAAAGCCAAGUUAGACUAAUAACAUAACGUACAUUGGAAACUUUCAGAAUGGUGUCUUAAGCUCCUUUAAGAGCCAUUUCCAUUACCAUUUGUGAACAAAGGCCAUGGGAUUAUACUAAACCAAUAAAUCUUUUAUUAGCAAAUCUCUAGAUCUCAACUUGGCCAACACAUCUGUAUUUUCUAGCACUCUUCAUAGUGGCUAAGGUUGCUUUUUUUUAAUCUAUUUUUUUCCUCCUUUGCAUUGUCAUUGCAAAUGAUGUUUCUGUUUUAUUGAUGAUUAUAUGAUACUUCUAAUACAUAAAUGAACGGGUAUUGGUGCCUCUUUAUUUUAAAGAAUUUGAAGAGCCACCUCAUUUAUAGGGUGUGUGUUUUGUGAGUGUGUGAGCAUUUAAUUAAAAAUAAAGUUACGAAUUACAUCUUUGUUUCAAUUUUUCUGUAGUAGCUAAAGUGCACGGAGACACUAAAACCCACACCAAAUCACGUGGGGCUGAGGAUCCUUUUUUUCUUUUUUUCUGUCCAGGUGGUCCCACAGGUUAUGCAGUUCAUAUUCAGUAUUCUCCAUGUUCUAAGUAACUUCCACCUCAAUGGUGUCAGUCUUUGAGAAAAGCUAAGAACUUUUGGUUUAGCCAUACAAGAGGAGCUACUGAUAGACUAAUAUUUACCCUCUGGCUUUCCAGCACAACCUUUGAUAAAGUUGACUGACAGCCAGGCUGAUCAGUCUGUUUAGUCAUCAGACUCGGGUUAUCUUCAGGAAAGGUAUGGAGGCAUGGUUUGGUUCAUUUUAUCACUCAGAUGUAGAAAGUGAAGACAAACCAAAUAGCUUUCAUCACUUAACUCUACGUACAUGAUCUGUGGUAACACUAGAGUGCACACAAGUACAUAGUAAGGAACACUUAAAAGGCUUGUUAUUUCAUAAGCCUGUGGUAGGUUUUAUGUGGUUCAGCAGUGUUUACCAUAAACAGGUACAGGCUUCAUGAACUUUUUAUAUUAAAUUAUAAUUGACUAUAUACCAAAAAUAGAAUGACAUGUAUUUUAAUAGCAGACGAAGCAGUUAGUUUGAGGGUGAAUUUUCCACUGUUGAUUUUACUUUAAUAGCAAGAGAAACAAAAGUUUUUGUUUUUUAAGACUACAGUUUUAAACUGUAGUGAGCACAUGCUUCAUUUACUUCCAAAGAGGCGAAAGCAGCUGGAACUGGCUUGCAGCACAUGCUUGUUUCUUGGUGUGAAUGAGGCUAUGCACAUGUUUUAGCUGUCACUUAACCUCCUCUAGCCAGGCAAAUCUGGGGUUCACUAGGAUUUAGUGCCUGAUCUUUCUUUGGGGAAAGGGUGAGAGUGAAUGUAUGAGGGAGGGAGAGAAGCAGGAAAAGGAAAUGGAAGUGUGAAUGAGUGUGCAUGUGUUUAGGAAUUCACCCUCACCCCACUUGUGUCUAGCAGAGACAGGUGACUAAUGUGUUCGCUCAUGACUGCAGUAUGCAUGUAUUCUUUUUUCCUCUGUGUUUUCUAGACCUACACUAAAAGGAUUCAUCAAAUCAUCUUGUUCAGAUGGCUCAGGAUUGUAUGUCUUUUGCUUACCCUGUGCUCUUGGGUCCUAUAAUAUUUCUAUAAUUAUGUAAUAAGAAUAGUGUUGCACUGUAUUCUAUCGUAUAGAGCUAUAUGUAUGGAAAAUUUUGAUCAGUUUUUUUAAGAGAUGUAUCCUGUUCGCAAAGGCACAAUAAAGUUGCAUCUUCUAGACUAUAGGCAAUAAAGUUAACAAUAAACCUUAUUUAACACAAACCAUGCUCAUCUUCUCUGCUCAUUUGAUUUUGGAAAAGAAAGUCUAGUAUAUUCCAGUAGUUUCAGGGAUUUCAUUUAACUUUAAAAAAUUCUGAUAUAUUUAAUUUAUAAAUUUCGGACUGAUAUAAUAGAAUUUUGGAAAACUAAGAAAUGCUUUGUUAAUGUGUGUAUUCCUAUGUAAAACACAUGGCUCCUGUGUAUAUUUUUUAAAAAUUAAAGAAAUGCACAUCUAAAAA